AUGUCGGGAGCCCGGCCAGCCUUCGCUGCGGGGCUCCAUGCGGCUUCACAGUAUCGGCGAACACAGCAGACACAGCGGAUUCCGCAGGCACUGAUGACUCGAAUCUCCACGAGCUCAGCAAACAAGAUCCUCAAGGCCUCCAAGACAGUGGAGGACAUGGUAGCCAACAUUGUCGGCAGGCGCAGCACGAAGGAGGACGUGCUUCCGCAACCCUCCAGUCCAGUGGAAAGCAAGUACUUCCAGAACUUCAUCUAUGGUACGAUCAUGCUGAAUUCGGUCACCCUGGGUUUGCAGGCUGACUUCACUGGUGGUUCGUGGGACGUGUUGUGGCUGGUAUGCGAGAACAUAUUCACGGCGAUCUUCACUGUGGAGUUGGUGUUGAAGCUCUACUUCCUCAGACUGGGUUUUUUCUAUUCGAUUGAACGCCAUUCCAUUCAGUUCUGGAAUCUUCUCGACCUUGUGAUAGUUCUUCUUGCCAUUGUGGACUGUUGGGUCCUAACGUUUUUUCCUGAGACCGACACGCAGCUCAUUCGCGUCAUGCAGCUGCUUCGCAUCAUGAGGAUUGCAAAGCUCCUGCGCCUUCGACGAGAGCUUGUGGCCAUCAUCGAGGGACUCUUCUGUUCACUGCAGUGCAUGGUUUGGAUCGGCUUCCUCAUGCUGAUCGUCAUUUAUGCGUUUGGCAUCUUCUGCCGCAACGUCAUCGGGACGUUGCCAAGCAGCUACUAUGAUGAUAUCAUCAACAACGAAAUGUACUUUGGAUCUCUCCCAAGAACAAUGCUCACGCUGUUUAACGUCUGCAUCCUCGACGGAUGGUCUACUGUGGUUUGGCCGCAGAUGCUGUUCAAUCCGGUGAUGGUGCUGCCUUUGAUGGUAUUCCUUUGCGUCACCUGCUUUGGCCUCAUGAAUGCUCUCAUUGGCGUCAUCGUGGAACGCACGACAGCAGCACAUCAGAACAUGAACACCAUCCAAGAGGAGGUCCUGCGAGAAAGCAAGAUGCGAAUGGUUGCCCAGCUCCUGGAUGUCAUCGACGCUUCUGAUGAGGAUGAGAGUGGUACCAUUAACUUGGAGGAGUUCCGGGAGGUUCAGAAGAAGCCUUACGCAUCAGAAAUCUUCGCAGCGCUGAACCUUCCGCCGGGGUUCGAUGCCUCGGACCUCUUCGGAUUACUCGACGACGAUGGCAAUGGGGUGCUGGACCGCUACGAGUUCUUGCUUGGGAUAUGCCGCCUGAUUUGGUGUGAUGAGUUCCAAAGUCAAUGUUUGUUGAACUAUGGGAUUGCCAAGGUUCGGCAGGACGUGCGGAACCUUCACAAGGAAGUGCAAGAGAUCCUGAAGGACCGGAACAAGCCAGACUUGCAAAUUGCCGAUCUGCACAAAUCCAUCUCCGAAAGUCUGCACAGUGCUUGUCAGGACAUUCUGGAAAAACACCUGGAGCAGUACUGGCAGCGUGCGCAGAGCCACAAGGAUUUUCCUUCCUACGAAGGCAAGACCUCCGAGAAGGAGCGAACCGACGACGAGGUGAGUCUGCUGGACUACUGCACGAUCGUGGACCAAGCGCAGCCGGCUGAAGCUUCGGUUCGAGGAAGUGGAAGCUGUGGAAGCUCCUGGCCAGCGAGCUCACCCCGGGAAUCGCCGAGCAGAGCUGUGGAUGAUGCCACUGCCCUCCGUGAAGAGGCUGGCCUCCUCCUACAGCUGCCGCCUGCAGCGGUGGAGGUCCUUGAGAGCCACCUGGACGAGCUGACUCGGCGCACCGCAGCACGAAGGAUAUCACUCAAUGCUGCGGGCGGUCUUUUCGUCGAGGGCACCGUGACUUCAAAGCUGCGCGUCAAGCAGCUGGUUCAGGAGCUUCUGCAAGGAGGCUCCGACGGGGCGGAGAAGGUGCAGACAGUGCCGGCUGCGCCGAGUGAUGCAAGAUCGGCUGGCACGACAGUCAAGAGAAGGCGCCGGCGCCGGCGCAACCACGACCACGACCAGCCGGAGACCCCUCGAAGCCCUCCGUCGCCGCCGUCCGCACCGCCAAGCCCCAGCGGCUCCAGCCCUCAAGGUGAACCCUUGGAGGUCCGCGUCCUUGUCCAUCCUGUGCCGGACGAGGCCAGAGACCGGUGUUGA